CGUUGUAAGAUGUUAACAUAGUUUACACAUUGCUUUCUACACGGAGCAAUAAUACUAAAAAUGAAAGUAACUGAGUGUCGUAAGAAUACUUCGUGUCCGUUACCAACUAUUGCAGCUUUGUCAGUCAAUGAGUGAACAGCAUUACGUACGGAACAAUAAUUCAUUGAAAAUUAUUAUUUAAUUCAUAAUAAUCAAAUAAAUUUGAAUAAUUUUCGUGAUAUUAAACGUACAGGAAUGUACUGUCGACGAAUUAAACAAAAAAUCAGUGAAAUAAACAUCAGAAUUUCAGAAUAGCCACGUUGAGAACUUCAUCGAGUGAUUGCUUUUUCAAAUAAAAUGCUACUUUUUUCGAUGUUUGAGUUUCUCCUUCUGUGUCUCCCUACAUCAAACUGUUAUCCCAUAGAAGAACCAACGAAAUUCCUUCUCAGCACCGAAGAAUUGAACGUAGAAAACAUUCAAAAGCCGUCGAAACUGGAGAAAGCACAAACAGUCGCGGCGAGAAACGUCACCCCGGUUAUCGCAAUUAAAUCCGAACUUUUAGAUCAAGGACGUAAAUCCUUGGAAUCCCUUCGAUAUCCUUCUGAUAUUUUUACCAAUUUUCCAAAAACUCAGGAAACUGUUCAUCUAGAAAAUGAGUCUGAACAAUCGCUAGUAGAAAAAACGAUUUCAUUCCCGUUCAAUGAUUUACUCGUGAAUUUCUUUAUGCCGAUACCUUUAUUGGAUCGAAUAAAGGAAGAAGAAAAAUAUGGUAAUACGGGAAAUAAUUUGGCCGGUAUUGGAAAAGCUUUUAUUAAUGGCUUUGAAAAUUUCAGUAAUUUUUUGAAUUCCGCAUUUGGGUCGACGCAAAAUAUUAAGAAGAAAGUGAAAGAAAAUAUCAGUGAAGCAUUAGAUCAGAUCGGAGGAAAAUUAAUUGGAUUUCAAUGAAUUAAAUGACUAUCGAACGAUUGUUAUUAUUUCUUGUUGGGUCCAAAAAAAAAAAAAAAAAAAAAGAA